AAAAAAGCGUGAAGUAUACAGUAUAUUAGGUGAUUUUGCGACGAAACGUUUACCUCCCUGCCCAAUGUGUUUAACUUAAGAACGUCAAAUAGUACAAAAUACGCCAUCAGUUUGACAAGAAAAUUCCUUUGUAACGUGAACCAUCCAUAUGCAUAUAGUACUGGCUGCAAUGCAUUGCAGAAAAAGUAACGCUACGGAAGUGACAUAGUACCUUGAUAAGCAAUUUCUAUCCGUCUCACUUACUCGCUUCAAAAGAAUAGCAAGUACAAUUCGACCAAACGAUUUCUAACAUAAAAUCCGUGUGUCAAAGCAAUUUCGAGUCGAAUCAACAAGAUGUCAGCAUCGGAUUUCAUCUACCCACAUCAAAAACCCAAGUUUGUUGGCAGAAUCUGAUAUCGAUACACCCUCUCUCUCUUUCUCUCUCUCUCUGUAUCUGUGUGAGUGUGUGUGUGCUCGGAAACCAAGAAACAUUCGGAUCGUGCAGAAAACAAUGUCUAUGCGAGCGAAAUCAAUUAUGCGCGGUCUCUCCGAGCCCACCAUCACUGAAAGCGAUCUUGACGGCGAUCAAAAGGACGUUGAUGAAGCAUUGCACGAGAGCGAUGUCCAAGAACGGGUUUGGCCCAAAGAUGACGAUGAGACUCCCGAAGAACGCCCCACGCCUCCCACACGGGUUUCGGCAUCACGCCGUGACACGGCCAAGAAGAAGCGAGCGAGCAACCGUUCGCGAUACUUCACCACGUUUGUAGAUGCUUUGAGCUUGUCAUCCUUUGGCACACUUACCAAUCCCAAGAAAGGACGGCCAAAGUCAUGCGAACGCGAAGAGAGGUCCAAUUCCGCCAAGACUGACCCUACAGCACGCCCUAUAAUGAGACAGGAUUCGGAUAUAUCCGGAACGUAUCAUAACUCCCGGAGAUUCAGUGAAACCGUUUCGUCUUCUGGAAGUGCUCGGAAUAGUGCCACUUAUGAGACCGAUCAGACGAUACCCGCCGAGGAUAUGGCCGCCAAGUCACUCUUCACUGCUCAACAUAAACUCAAAGAAUUGUUGACCACGGAAAGAACUUAUGUGGAGAAGAACCUAAACGAAAUCGUCGAAGGUUACUAUAAAUAUAUGGAAGAGACUAAAACUAAUCCCGAGGGUCGCAUCAAGAUACCGACAGAUCUCAUGGGAGGCAAAAACCGCAUUAUUUUUGGAAAUAUCCGAGAUAUUUACGACUUUCACGUCAGAAGCAUCUUGCCUGAAAUUGAAAAAUGCGUGGAUGAUCCAGGUCGACUUGCCUACUUGUUUGAAAGUAAACGCGAUAUCAUGAAAAUGAAAUAUGGAAGAUAUUGUCUGAACAAACCGAAGUCUGAGUAUAUCAUCACGCAACACAACGACAAAUACUUUGCCGUUGUGAGAUUAAAAGAAGGAUUCCAACAAGCUUUGAGCACGCAAAUGAUGACUCCGAUUCAAAGAGUCACUCGAUAUCAGCUUUUGUUAUCCGAGGUGCUCAAGAACUACAAAAAAGCCGAGGUUGAAGAGGAGCUGAUUCAAAAAAUUCAGACGGCCUUUGAUGUUGCGCAAGAAAUCGCCAAAUACACCAACAACAUGAUGCUUGCUGGCAGAAUCCGUGGCUUUGAGGGUGAUGUGACGGCUCAAGGCUUGCUUUUGAAACGCGGGACAAUAGACUGCUUCAAACGGAAAGGAAAUCUCAAGCGCCCCAAAAUCAAGCAUUGCCAGUUCUUCAUAUUCCAAGAGACCAUCAUCAUUUGCGAGAACCCCCACUCAGUCAACGACCCGUCUUCCCCCCAAAGCUUCGACUUUGUGGCCAAUUUUAAGAUGAACAAUGUUAUUGUCCGCGAGUUCAAUAAGAGCGAUUCGAACUUUGGCUUUGAGCUGGAAAAGGGAUUGGAGCUUUUGGAGCGAUCCACCACUGCCUCCCGGAGAGAGGAUUCCGCGAUUGUGGUCCAAUGCGAAUCCGAGGAACAACGUGACGAAUGGCUGAAAGUCAUCAACGAUCAAAUCCGAGAUCUCAAGGACAUGGCCAAGAAAUUGGAGAACCCGCAGUUCUUCUGCUAAUGUGUAACCUGAUUUUUGUCAAGACUUUCAGAGGAUAUUCAGAGAUAUUCA